CAAGAGGUAUAAAUGCACAGAAGAGCAACAUGCGUUCUGCAUUGGUGUUGUUAGCAUUUGCUGUGGCUAUUGCCGGAGCUCAAAGGGUUGGUGUAGUGUACUUGAUCGAUUUGAUCGGAAGAGGAAAUGUUGACGGAGAUUCUAAUUCGAUUCAGGGCCGAAGCAAGGAUUUGAUUAAUCGACCAGCUGGAAUCCUGUUCCUUCCGUUGUCUACAAAUAAACCGCUUCCGGACGGAGUCUACAUCGAAGAUGAGAAAGCAUCGGAGAGUGCUAAUGCUUUAAGCGAUUUGGGUGAGAAGGGUGAAACAAAGUUUGGCAGAGCUAAGAGAUCGGCGUUACCUGGAUAUGGAGGCAGGGGUGGAUUAGGAGGAGGCGGUGGAAUCGGUGGAGGUGGCGGAGGCGGUGGUAGACCAUGCUGCGGAGGAGGAGGCGGAGGUGGUGGUCGUCCAGGAGGUGGUGGCAAGGGUGGCGGUUCUUCCGGUUCUUGGAGCAAAGCAUCCGCAUCUUCCGGUUCUUGGGGUCGUGGCUACGGCCGUUGAUUAAAUUCUGUUUACGGAUAAGUCGAUAAUAAGGAAUUUGAAAAUUUUAAGCAUUAAUUAAAAAAAAUAAAUAAUUAAUUACAAUAUAAA